AUGGAUCUUGUCCUAAACUCAACUUUCCGGCCACUUUUACCACCGGAAUUUCUAAACUCUGGCCGAAAUCAUUAUAGACCAUUUAUUCUCCGGCGAAAUCUGAACCCAAAACCCACAUUUUCAAGACAAACAGUGACCGAUAUGGUCCAGAAGAAGCCAAAAAUUGAAGGUGUGAGUGAUGAGUUGAACUCAAUUGCCUCACAGAACUUGGACCAUGCUCCUGCCCGCAGAAGAGUGCGAUCGGCUUUCACUAAUACUCAGCAGCAGCUUGAUCAUAUUUUGUUUAAGAUGGCUCCAGCUGGGAUCAGAACAGAGGAGUGGUAUGAAAAAAAUUCAAAGGGACAAGAAAUUUUCUGUAAAAGUUGGUUGCCAAAGCCGGGUGUACGAAUCAAAGGCGCAUUGUGUUUUUGUCAUGGAUAUGGUGAUACUUGCACUUUUUUCUUUGAAGGCAUAGCCAAGCACAUUGCUUCUUCUGGUUAUGGUGUCUAUGCAAUUGAUCAUCCAGGAUUUGGUCUCUCAGAAGGAUUGCAUGGCUAUGUUCCAUCCUUUGAUGGCGUAGUUGAUAAUGUCAUCGAACAAUAUACGAUAAUUAAAGGAAAGCCGGAGAUACGAGGGCUCCCUUUCUUCAUUUUUGGACAAUCGAUGGGGGGAGCAAUUGCUCUGAAGGCGCUUCUUAAGGAACCACGUCAAUGGGAUGGCAUAGUGCUUGUAGCCCCAAUGUGUAAAAUUGCAGAGGACAUGACACCACCAGUUCCACUUCAGAAGGUCUUAAUUUUCUUGUCUAAGAUUUUCCCACAAGCGAAGCUUGUACCCCAGAAAGAUUUGGCUGAUCUGGCAUUCAGAGAAUUGAAGAAAAAAGAAAUGGCUCCGUACAAUGUAAUCUGUUACUCCGAUCAAACAAGACUAAAGACAGCCGUGGAACUCUUAAAUGCUACAAAAUAUAUUGAAUCACAUGUGCAGGAGGUUGCUUCUCCAAUGCUGAUUCUUCAUGGAGCUGCUGAUAGGGUGACUGAUCCUCAAGUGAGCCAGUUUCUUUACAACAAUGCUUCUAGCGAGGACAAAUCACUUAAACUGUAUGAAGGAGGUUAUCACUGCAUUUUGGAAGUGCUCGAUAAUUCAAUAAAUAAGAGACGAUCCACCAUCAUUUUUUCCAAUUUUCGCUGCCCAAGGAAAGUCAACAACGUGUCUUCAAUUGUUAAGCAAUGA